CUUAAGAGUGGAGAGCUAGAGAUCUGGAUUUGAAGUAGAAGUAGAGAGCUGGAUUUGAAGAGUUCUUCAAAGAGUAAAACGUCGAUGGAGGGGAAGAAUCCGGCUUUCUACAAGAUCUUGAUGGAGCUCUCUUCCCAUCUCAGAUUGCCUCAAGGCUUCAUGCAAAAGUAUGGCAAAAUGUUGCCAAAACAAGUUGAGCUGAGGAUUUGUAACAAUACAUGGAAUGUGAGGGUGAAGAAACGGAGUCUAGAAGCAGAGGAUCACUACUUCUUCGAAAAGGGAUGGACCAAAUUCUGUGAAGACGCGCGUCUUGAAAUCUUCGAGCUGCUCUUCUUUUCUUACGUGGAUAAGUCCACCUUCGUGGUGACGGUGUAUGGAGUCACUGCUUUUGAGAAGACCAUCUUCAGUCCUCCACGCUGCAUUAUUGUGCUCAAGGACUACCGCUGCUACAAAGUUCAUGUUCCUAAGAAGUUUGCUGUGGCUUGUCGCUUGUUCGACAAGAAUGAGAUACCGUUAGAGUACGUGGGCGGAUACACUUCAUCAGUGGCGUUGACUAUGUGGCAGGGGCGGAUAGCUUUCGGGGCGGGUUGGUCCGCAUUCCUCAAAGCAACCCGGCUCUCAUCCGACCUUGCUCUUAGUGGUUCUAGAAAAACCCUCUGUUUCGAGUUCGAUCCCAUGAAGAAUCUGAUCAAGGUUCAGCCACUCCGCAAUUGAAUUCGAGUUGUAAUAGUUUUGAGUUUGAAUUGUACUUACAAACUAACGCUAGUAUUUCUGUGUGUGGUGAUUGCGACUGUGUC